AUGUGUAUAUACUGCGCAAAACAUCACUGGAGUGACGAGUGUCUCCAGUACCGGACACUCAGUGCGCGUAAACAAGUGCUUAAGGAGAGUUGUUUUAGAUGCUUAAAGGUUGGACAUAAAACAGCAGAGUGUAAGAAGAACAAAGUGUGUGUCUAUUGUGGGGAGAGAAACAGCCACCAUAGAAGUCUAUGUCCAAAGCGCUUCAAGAGUUCUGAAUCUAGUGUUCAUUUAACGGAAGAGUUGCCAAUGACACAAAAAGGUGAUAUUCCAGAGGAAAACGUUCUUGUAUCUUCAGGAGAAAUGGUACUAAUGCAAACGGCGAAAACGGAAGUUAAAGGUGCAAAAAGUGACAGACACAGAGUCGUGAGAAUGCUCUUAGACUCUGGUUCUCAGAGGUCAUAUGUUUCGGAGGCUUUAGCUCGAAAAUUAAACCUAAAACAAGAAGGAAAAGAGGAAAUCAAUGUUAUGACGUUUGAUAGUGAUAAAUCCAAAGUUGUGAAAACAAAGAUAUCUACAAUGGAACUUAAGUUAAAACCGGGUGAUUAUAUGACAAUAUCGGUGAAUAUUGUGCCUGUAAUCAGUGGAAAUAUUCAAAGGAAACCCAUGAAAGGGCUAUCCGAAAAUGCCAAUCAUUUGUUGAAAUCAGUGGAUUUGGCAGAUGACAUUGCCGAAGAUAGUGAAUUGUGCCAAAUUGAUCUACUCAUCGGUAAUGAUUACUACUUGGACAUUGUGCUUAGUCAAAAACUUGAAGUUCAACCAGGAUUAUAUUUACUUAGUUCCAAAUUUGGUUGGAUACUUACCGGACGUACACAGGAAGGUGUCCAUGACAGAAAUGACGUCAACAUGUUAAUUAUGACGUAUGGUACAAAGUUUAAUGAAAUCACCGCAUUCGUUUCCACCGAUGAUUGUUUAACGAAAGUGCCAGAUUUAGAAGAUUUCUGGAAAAUCGAAUCCAUCGGAAUCAAUGAUUGUCCAACGCUUUCUAGUGACGAAAAUGCAAUGUCAGCAUUCAAAAAUACGCUUCAAUUCUCUGAUGGACGUUAUCAAGUUAAAUGGCCCUGGAAGGACGACUCACAAGAUCUACCAAUAAAUCGCCAACUAGCUAUGGGACGACUGCGUUCGACAAUUGCUCGAAUGAAAGAUAAACCGGAGUUAAUGAUAAAGUACGACAGUGUGAUACAGGACCAACUGACCAAAGGUAUCAUCGAAAAGGUCAACGCAAGGACUGGUAAAAUGAUACAUUACUUACCACACCACGCAGUGAUUACUCCGUUGAAAACAACCACGAAAUUGAGAGUGGUCUACGAUGCGUCGGCAACAUUUAGAUCCUGUGACAAGAGUUUGAACGAGUCCCUUUAUAGGGGUCCUGUCAUGCUUCAUGACCUGUGCGGAAUGUUGUUACGGUUUCGUGUUCACAACAUUGCAGUUGUCGCCGACAUAGAAAAGGCGUUUUUCCAAAUAGGAUUGCAACCAAGUGAUCGUGAUGUGACGCGUUUUUUAUGGAUUAAAGAUUGUGACAAGCCUGUGGUUAACAAAGAUACGAUCGAAGAAAAUAGCUUCUGUCGUGUCCCUUUCGGAGUUAUAUCGAGUCCGUUCCUUCUAGGUGCUACCAUAGAGUCUCAUUUGGACUCGUACGAGUGCGAAUUGUCUGAGAAAAUAAGAGUGAUAUAUACGUAG